UAAUCAAAUGCCUACUAAAUCUCUCCGCCCCCCUCUUUUUUUGGGAUUAUCUCUACCAAUGGAGCCUAAUACUGCAGUGAGUGCCUCCAACGACUGCUCCUCCAUGUCGUCAUUUCCAUGCUUUAGUAGAAGUAAAGAUAUUCAGAAUUUGCCACUCCAUUUGGUGCCAGACCGAAGUUCCAUCCAGAGACACAAGCUGAUGCUUGACAGUAUUGCGACAAGAGCAAGAGCAUUGACGGGAAACCGAGGCUGUUGGCUGGAUAAGUUCAAGGGAUCGGCUCCUGCAUGGUCAGAUGUAGAGCUGGAUUCUCUUUGGAUAGGUGUGAGGAGACAUGGAAAGGGCAACUGGGACGCCAUGUUGAGGGACCCAAGAUUGCACUUCUCAGUGUGGAGGGUAGCAAAGGACCUAGCUGAGCAGUGGGAUGAAGAGCAAUCCAAACUUUUGAGCGGCAUGCUGAUUCAGCCAGCAAGUUUCAGAAACACACAAGGUCACACACAAGGCAUCAACAGUGGUUUGUUGUCUGAAACAAGAGUGGCAGGUAAUCAAUAUGACAGUCAUGGCAUAGGAAAUUGUAUCCCUCCGAGGUCACAAGCCUUGAUGGAUGAAACUCAACUUUCUCUUGGUAAUGUAUACGUUCAGAGAGAGAGGAGUUACUCAUACGAUCUGCCAAGUCAAUACACAGUGGCAGAAAACAACAGUUCGGACAAGGUGUCUUCUGUUUUCAAUAGUGACCUAAGAAACAUGGUCCUUCAAAAGACAAGUAACAAACAACUUCAGAAGAAUAUUAGGGGUCAAAUGAAUCGUACAUAUCCAAACAGAAAACGCUUGAGAUAUCAUACAGAUGUUUCCAAUUUUAAUCAGAGUCCUUCUGACAAAUCAGGAAGUCAUGAUGGUGAAGUCGGAGCAACUUCAAAUCAUUCUUUGUUGGCAUAUCAUCCUCCAGCUGGAUCUUCUGUUAAGGGUAAUCUCCCACAUUGGCUAAGAGAAGUGAUUAGUCUCCCUCCUCCAAGGCCAACAGAGCCAGCCUUGCCUCAUCAUGAUUCACAAGUGAACCUGCUUUAUGAUGACCACCAGCAGGUUAUCCCACCUGUUUGCAGUCCUAGUGAGCUGCCAUUGCCCCAAACAAAUCCUCAUCAAGGACUGAGGAAGAAUGAAAUCAAUUGCAAGUUUGAUGGCCAUGCAACAUCUGACAUACCAUUAACCACCCUUUGCUCGAUGGGAAGCAGAUUUGGUCAUCUAUCGAUGAUGGGGUCAAGCUCUAUAAUGCCCGAGGCAGAGAAUCAAAUCUCGAAGGACAGAACUGAUUUGAACCCAGCAUGUUCAUUAUCUAUUAGUAAAACAAAAGACUUGAUUGUCAUUGGGAGUGACGCUUCUUCCGAGGAGACAAUAUCAGAUGAUAAAAGUGGUCAGCCUUAGCACCUAUUGGAAUUCGGAGAGCACUGCAGUAUCCCAGGAAUGCGGGUUUUGUAGGUAAUCCUGUUAUAAAUUAUAGAAAAUUUGUGAAAGAUCCAGAUGUCCUGUACAUAUAUACUUCUAGUGCCUAUUUAUAAGGGGAGAAAUGAUAAUUGCUUCCUAUUUUGUCA